AUGGAAGCUCAAAAAAUUCCGCCAAAUCCCCAAACCCUAAUCCAUCCCAAGAAGCCCAGAUCCACGCACCGGAUCAAAGCCCUCGACCUCCCGCCGGAAAUCACCAUGGAAAUCCUCCUGCGCCUCCCCGUCAAAUCCCUCCUGAGAUUCAGGUCCGUCUCCAAAUCAUGGCUCGCCCUUAUCUCCAGCUCCCAAUUCAUCAAGGCCCACCUCGGAAUCUCGGCCAGCAGCCCAACUAUGGCCAACCACCGCCUCAUGCUCACGAUCUGCAACCCUAAUUUCGACCUGAAGCAGUGUUCGAUCAAAUCCGUGUUCUUCGACCCACUCACAGCUGCGAGCAACAUCGAGUACCCGAAGGAAGACCCGUACAGCGCCGUUUGGGUCGUCGGGUCCGUCAACGGGUUGGUCUGUCUCGCCAUGGACGAGAAGGACAUGUUUUUAUGGAACCCGGCGACUGGAGAACACAGGAAACUGCCCCCCGUGGCCAUUAAAUUGAGGCAGGGGUUUUACUACAUAUGGGGCUUCGGCCAUGACGAGGUAGACGACGAUUACAAGGUGGUGGGCAUUUUCUGUGAGUUUGGAAAUGGGGGCCUGCACAAGUCUACUGUAAUGAUCUAUAGUUUGAAGGCCAAUUCAUGGAAAAUGAUUGAGGAUUUCAAAGGAGGAAUCCCCCUUGACGACACGGGUAAAUUCGCCAGCGGGAGACUUCAUUUUCCGGCCACACCUGGGCUCGGUGAGCGGAGAUGGGACAUUGUGUCUCUUGACUUGAGGAACGAGGCUUACGGGACUGUCGGGCAGCCGGAGUACAGAGAUGGAGGAAUGGGUUCUUCUUUGGGGGUUUUGGGAGAUUGCCUCUGUGUCGUUUGUGACUUUGAGAAGGUCCGCACCGACGUGUGGGUUUUGAGGGAGUAUGGGAAUGAAGAUUCUUGGUAUAAAGUGGUCACGAUUCCUUACGUUGAGGACCCGAGGAAUUUCUUGCAUACGAAGCCAUUGACUGUGCUGCCGAGUGGCGAAGUUCUUUUGGCCGUGGGUUUGAAUCUUGUGGUUUAUGACCCGAGAGCUAAUUGUUUCAGGCGGCCAGGGAUGAGUAAUGUGGGUUUGUUCUUGGAAGUGGAUGUUUAUGUCGAGAGUUUGGUUCCGGUUUAA